AUGAGCCCUACCGACACUUACGAGAUCACGCUCGGCUCCAAUGAGUCGCCCGUCAGCCGCCUCCCCAAGCUCGCUGAGGAUGGAUCGAACUGGGUCUUGUUCAAGGCCCAGUUCAAGGCGACGGUGUCGUCCAAGGGCCUAUUGCGGUUCCUCGAAGGUCGCAACAAAAUACCUAUCGAACUGACAGCUCCAGGCGUCGAUUCAGAUGCUGACGAAAAUUACGAGAAUGCUCUCGACAUCUGGACAGGGAAGCAUGAAGCCAUUCACGCACUCCUUUUCCAGACCAUUCCGGAGACAAUGAAGCUUCGCAUCCUUUCCCUGCCGAAGGCCUCGGAUGCCUGGAACCUUGUCUGCAAACAAUACGAAAAUCAAGGGGAGUUUGUUCAGAUGGACAUUCUCACCCGUAUGCACGCCCUCACCACCGAGAAUGGGAGCGACCCUCGACCGACGCUCAACGAGCUACAGCGGCUAUGCACAGAGUACGCCGCCGCCGGAGGCUCCCUCGAUGACGCAGGCUACAAGGCGAUCAUCCUCAAAUGCCUGCCGUUGAGCUACAGAGGUGUGCUGCAUUGUCGCAUGGGCCAUGCAUACAGCCCCGCUUUGCUCAAAAUGGUCCGUGCGGGUGUGGUCAAAGGUAUCAGGCUGUCGGAC